GAAAAUCAAUCAAAGCUCAUUUACUUGAUAAAAAUCAUGUCGAACUUGCAACAAUCCUACAAUGCUGGACAGACCAAGGGCCAAGCUCAUGAGAAGGCUGAGCAAUGGACAGAAUCUGCCAAGGAAACUGCACACAGCGCUCGCGAUAAGACAGCUAACGCGGCUCAGUCCACCAAAGAAUCUGCCCAACACGGCCAACAACAAGCCUCUGGUUUCAUCCAACAAACUGGAGAGUCAGUGAAGAACAUGGCUCAAGGUGCUGUUGAUGGUGUCAAGAACACUCUUGGUAUCAACGAGAAGAAAUGAGAAGUCAAAAUACUAUAAAUUUUGCUUAUUUUUGGAGAUUUUUUUUUAAGUUUGAACACUCUUGUAAUAAAGUUUGGAUUUACUUCUUUGUUUUCUUCAUGUGUGGAAGAUUUUGACAUGAGAUCUGAAAAGUAAUAAAAAAAUCUGGUGUAA